UGGUCAGCAAAACAUUUGGAGAGGUUAAAACUCAGGCAGAUGUGAGCGAGUACAUCAGAGAGGCUUAGCUGUUCAACAUGAGUCCAGCUCUGGUUCUGUUGGCCCUGACUUUGUUUGCCACUGUGGCAGCUCAGUCCCAUGACCACCAGGACAUGGGCUGGGUCAAUGGCUACCGUCAAAGCUUUAACUUUCAGUGUCCCCAUGGCGAAGUCCUGGUGGCUCUGAGGAGCUACUACAGUGAACAGGAUGGAUCGGAUCGGCUCUGGUCAUUUGAGUGCCAGCCUACGCCUGAGGGUCUCGGGGAGCCAAGUGACUGUUGGUGGGACGACAUCAGCCGAGCGGGGAUGGAGUGGACGUCCACGUGCACCCGAAAUGGCCUGGUUGCUGGGAUACAAAGCAAGUACUUUGAAACGCUCCUGGACCGCGAAUGGCAGUUCUACUGUUGCUACUACAAGCGCCGCUGCCCAUACUCCUGCAUGAAGACUUCAGACAUCCCAGAACACCACAGAGAAGAGGCGGAGCUGGUCGUUCCCAGUUAUGGCUACUUCAUCCGGGGGGCUCAGACAACAUUCAGUGGAGUCCUGAGGGAUCGGCAGUGGAAGUACAUCUUGUGCAGAAUGACCGACUUUGAUUGUGAAUUUGAGAAUUUAUAAAUAUGUGAAAAACUCAAGCAGAAAUCCAGUUGUCUAAUCAGAAUUCAGCGAAUAUAACCAAGUGUACUGUCAUGUAUAAAAUAAACCGAUUCACAAGAAGAAAUGAGGUUUUGUCAGCCUCUAUGCAGCAUGGUUGAAAUGUGAGGGCAACAGAAACGGAAUGGAAAUAUAAAUUGGUUAAAGAUGGAGCUGGAGGUCUUUCAGCACGAGGUGAUUUUCCAAACAAACACAUUUGCAUUGGUGGAAAACGUUACAUCAGCUUUUCUGUGGGAAAUUGCACUCGCAAGAUUUUCACUGGGAUGUUGCUCAUAAAUUCUUAGUUUGCAUUUAAAUGGGCUCGACAAGC